AUGGAUGUUGGAGCUAAUGUAUUUGUUGGAAAUUUGGACCCCGAAGUGGACGAGAAACUACUUUUCGACACAUUCAGUGCAUUUGGAGUCAUUUUGCAGGUUCCAAAAAUAAUGCGAGAUUCUGAGACUGGUAAUAGUAAAGGUUUCGCUUUUGUCAAUUUUGCGUCAUUCGAAGCGUCAGAUUCAGCGAUUGAGGCAAUGAAUGGACAGUUUUUGUGUAAUCGAGCAAUUACCGUGAGCUAUGCGUUCAAAAAGGACACGAAGGUAUUUUUUCCAGCGUAA